AUGGAUAAAAAUCUGACAAAAUCGGAUACAGACGAUGAAAGCGAAAACGUCAACGGGAUGUUUAAGGAUGAAUAUGACAACGAUACCACGCUCACUAUAUUCGUAAGUGCCGACGUGUACGAGAAAGAGAUGCGAAGCUUCUGCGAGAUGCUGGAGAGGGUUCAGCGGGCAGAAAAAACAUUUCGUGAGAACAAGGGCAGCUCAGAGGACCACGCACUGUUGCUCAAGCUUCGCGACCGACUGAAACCCCAGGCCGACUAUAUGGAUGCGCUGCGGAUCAAGGAUGAGGAUAAGAAUCUGGAGCAGCCGCAAUGGACGUGUUUAUUUUCCAGUCUGAAUCGCCAUCGUUACGACAAUGGGGAAUUGUCGCUGGAACAAUUUUAUCUGCGAAAGAAGAACAUUAUCUACGGCCUCAAGAUACUCUUCGAACCGCUAAAGACACGACCUAAGGCAGAGGAAUUUGCUAACCAACCCACGGCAUUGCGUGUCCCAUUGAUGAAGCAUCAAAAACAUGCCCUGAAGUGGCUUAAAUGGCGCGAGGAUAAAGCUCAACAAAUACUUGGCGGUAUUCUAGCCGAUGAUAUGGGUUUAGGCAAGACCCUAACCAUGAUUGCACUUAUCUUGGAUACACACGAGAAGUGCAAUGUCAGUGCUAAUAAACCGAAACUCGAAUGCAGGCCAUGGCAGUCACAAUUCCAGUAUUCCAACCUUGCAACGAGCAUAAAGCUCAGGAGCAGUCUAUUCGGCUGUGAUGAGGACAAUGAUAAGGAUGAUGAUAUCACUAAAACACAGCUCUUAAGGACCGGACUAAAACGCAAAGUAGAAAACGAAUUAAACCAACAAAUUAAAAGCACUACCCAUGAUGAAGAGGAAGACGACGAUCUGAACAGGUUGUGCAAACGCCAGAAUAGACGGCAAUUAUUAACCGAUAGCGAUGACGAAGAUGGUAACCACCUGUCCAGCCAAAUGAAAGGGAAAACAAAGAGUUAUAUAAAAGGUACACCACUUAGCGACACUUCGAAUGUUGCAGGUCAACAAGCGAGUGAAAGACGUCGGAGACCAAAUGCCGCAGGAACAUUGGUCGUGUGCCCGGCCAGUGUUAUCCAUCAAUGGCAUGAUGAGGUUAAAGAAAAAGUGAAGGAAUGCCCUCUACUAGUCCAUGUCUAUCAUGGGAGUAGUCGUCAAGAUAUUGGCUUUCAAAAUUUCAAGAGCUUUGAUAUCGUAAUAACAUCAUACAACACAUUAUCCGUUGAACGUCGAAAUCUGGGCGAUGCCUCUUGGCUAUUUAUGGUCGAUUGGAAACGCAUCAUACUGGACGAAGCCCAUAUAAUACGCAAUGAAAAGACAAUCGGUUGCGAUGCCGUAUGUAAGCUUCGCGGCAAAUAUCGCUGGGCAUUAACCGGCACACCCAUCCAAAAUCGCGCCCGCGAUGCCUUCGCCCUGAUGUUAUUUCUCAAAGUACCCGAAUUCCAGAGCCUUAACGAAUGGAAUAAGAAAGGCCAUCACCGCCUGGGUCUGAUGCUUCAUCCUCUAAUGCUACGACGCACGAAGGAGGAACUACAGGCAAAUGGGGAUAUGCCCAAGUUACCGAAACUGGAAAUCAAGCAAAUGGAGUUGAAUCUCUCGACUCAGGAAAUGGUCGCCUACCAAAUAAUAUCGGCAUUCUCUGAAAUCUUAUUUGCACAAUUUCUUUAUCAAAUAGAAGAGCGUAAUGCAGAUCUCGAUUAUCACAAGUCGGACGAAGCGCCCCGUUUUCUGCGUUCAUUCAACGAACACAAAUAUCAGGAACUCCAUCAAAGAUUCCUGCGCGCCCUUGGCCACAAACCGGGAGAUCAAAUAAGCGGCAUUAUAAUAUUGGUGCUACUAUUGCGAUUGCGUCAGUUUUGCUGUCAUCCUGGUCUGAUGGUGGGCAUGCUCACUGGCGUCCUCUCGGAUGCAGAAAAAAAUGAAAUGGUCGAGGAUGCGCUAGCUAUGCAGGGUGAGCUCAAAAUAGAUGUGGUGGCCGAGGUAAAAAAAUUCGAGAGGAGUGUGCAUAUUGAUUUGGAAGAGGAGGAAACAGAAUCCAGAACUGCAGCACUCAAUUUGCUGAAACCCAGUCAUCCGUUAUACGAUUUCAGCCAGCCCUCAUCGAAAAUGUUACAGAUCCUGGAAACUGUCGAUCGCAUACUACUCGAAACAAAUGACAAGCUCAUCAUUGUAUCGCAAUGGACUAGUUUCCUGAAAGUGAUCCGACAGCACGUGGAGGCUAAACAUUGCAAUGUGGGUCUCGAUUUCAACGGCCAAUUGAAUGUGCCUUUGCGGCGUUGCGUGCUGGAGGAGUUUAAGGAUAUCACGAACGAUAAGCGGGUCCUGUUCCUUUCGCUCACCGCAGGCGGUGUGGGCCUCAAUUUGAAUGUGGCCAAUCAUUUGCUGCUCGUCGAUCUGCAUUGGAAUCCGCAGCUGGAGCGGCAGGCACAAGACCGAAUUUAUCGCUAUGGCCAGCAUAAGCCAACAUUUAUCUAUCGCUUUAUGUGCGUCGAGACGGUAGAGCAACGCAUUAAAGCUUUGCAGGAUCACAAACUGGAGAUUGCUAAUGUGGUGCUCAACAAGGGUGUCAUGGAAUCUGGAUCCGAUGGUGGCUUAACAUUGGUGGAGCUAAAGAAAUUAUUUGGCUACAUGCCGCAAACUAACAAUCGUACCAGUAUAAAGAAUUGAAAUGUAUAUAAUGCAUGUUUUACAAUUCACAUUUUACUGUCAUAAGCAAGAAAAUAUACAUAUGCGUUAGCUUUCUAACAGAAACAAGAAUGGAAUGCUAGCAUCGAGUGAGCUCAACUCUUAA